AAGAUGCAGCCUAGCAGGCUCAUUUAAUGGAUUACUACCUGGCUAAAAUAGCUGAUCGAACAUUAGCUACGUUUUCUCUCUUCCUGAAAACAUGCACCUAUGGCAGAGCAACUGUGGAGCCGUGCUUCACACCGUCCGUCACAGCAGGCAACGCUGAGGAGGCAAUGCGGAAGGCAGGCACUCCGCAUGCCAAGUCCAGCAACGACAUGGAAAAUCAUGUCUUUGUCAAGGCCAAGUCCAGAGAUGAAUAUCUGUCCCUGGUAGCAAGGCUGAUCAUACACUUCAGAGACAUUCACAAGAAGGCACAAGGAGGCCCAGAUCCCAUGAACGCCCUGCAGAACCUGACUGGAGUGGGCACUGGCGGCCCUGGAGGGAUGGUCAUCGGUCCCCGCCCUCCGGGUGCCCAGAUGGGGAACAUGGGGGGCCUGGGGCAGAUGCAGAUGGCCCAGCAUGGCAUGCAGGGUGUCCCUUCCAACCCCCAGUCCAUUCCAGCACCGCCCAUCCAGAUGCAGCCAAUUGGGCAGCAACACCAGCAGCAGUUCCAGCAGUACCAGGCGCAGCAACAGCAGAACGCCUUGCAGCAGCAACAGAACGCCUUGCAGCAGCAACAACAGACCGCCUUGCAGCAGACGACCAUGCAGCAACAGCAGACUGCCAUGCAGCAGCACAUCCAAGCGCAGCAACAGCAGCAGCAGCAGCAGCAACUACUGCAGCUCCAGCAGCAGCUACAGCAGCAGCAACAGCAACAGCAGGCACAGAACCAGCAGCAGCAACAGCAGAAUCCACAGCAGCUGCGGAUCCAGCAGCAACAGCAGUUUGUGCAGCUGCAGCAGCAGCAGGCGCAGAUCCAGCAGCAGCAGCAGCAGCAGCAGACACAGGCUCAGGCCCAGGCACAGGCUCAGGCCCAGGCCCAGGCCCAGGCCCAAGCACAGGCCCAGGCUCAGGCCCAAGCGCAGGCCCAAGCGCAGGCCCAGGCUCAGGCUCAGGCCCAAGCGCAGGCUCAAGCACAGGCCCAAGCGCAGGCUCUGCAGCAGCUGCAGUCGCAGCACCAGGCCCAGGCGCAGCAAUCGGUGCAGCACAUGGUGACGCAGGCGCAGGGACCCCAGCCCCCCUCCGGGCAGCUGCCCCCACACUCCCAGCAGCAGGCCAUGACGCCCCAGUCUCUGGCCGGCCAGAUGGCCACCCAGCACAUGAGCAGCCUGGGCCCUCAGCACCAACAGCAGCUGAAGGCCAUACAGCAGGCUCGGGCCAUUCAGCAGCAGCAGCAGGCGGCGCAGCAGCAGGCAGCCGCUCAGGCCCAGCUCACCGCAGCCGGACCCGCGCAGAUGAUGAUGGCCCGAUCUGGAAUGCCCCGGCUUCCGCGAGUCAACCCAGCCUCUGCCAUUCCACCCAACUCUGCUCCUAUGGGAGGCCAGCAAAUGCCACAGGUCCCACAACAUCAGAUGAUGUCAUCGCCCUCUCCGGUGCAGACCCCUCAGAUGCCCCCUCCUCCCCAGCCACAGCCCUCGCCCCAACCCCCCACCUCCCAGCCCAACUCAGUCAGCUCCGGUCCCACCCCUUCCCCCGGCGGGUUCCAGCCGAGCCCCUCACCCCAGCCAUCCCAAAGUCCUGCGACAGCCCGCACCCCCCAGAACUACGGGGUGCCCUCUCCCGGCCCCCUCAACACCCCAGGAAACCCCAACUCGGUGAUGAGCCCAGCAGGAGCAUCUCAGACAGAAGAGCAGCAGUACCUGGAGAAGCUCAAACAGCUGUCAAAGUACAUCGAACCCCUGCGAAGGAUGAUCAACAAGAUUGACAAUAAUGAAGAUCGCAAGACGGACUUGAGCAAGAUGAAGAGUUUAUUAGAUAUCCUGACAGACCCUUCCAAACGGUGUCCCUUGAAGACCUUGCAGAAGUGCGAAAUCGCCUUGGAGAAACUGAAGAACGACAUGGCCGUGCCAACACCACCCCCACCUCCCGUGCCCAGCACCAAACAGCAGUACCUGUGCCAGCCACUGCUGGAAGCGGUCAUGGCAAACAUCCGCUCGCCUGUGUUCAACCACUCCCUGUACCGCACUUUCGCCCCGGCCAUGACCGCCAUCCACGGUCCACCGAUCGCGGGGCCUGUGAUCGCUGCCCGAAAACGGAAACACGAGGACGACGACAGGCAGACCAUCCCCAACAUCCUCCAGGGAGAAGUGGCCCGCCUCAACUCCAAGUUCCUGGUGAACCUGGACCCCUCACACUGCAGCAACAAUGGGACAGUGCACCUCAUCUGCAAACUGGAUGAUAAAAACCUGCCCAGCGUCCCACCCCUGCAGCUCAGUAUUCCCGCAGAUUACCCCGAGCAGAGCCCCCAGUGGGCGGACCACGCCCAGCAGUAUGGUGCGAACCCGUUCUUGCAGAUGGUCCACAGAAACAUGACCUCAAAGCUCCUGCAGCUUCCUGAUAAGCACUCGGUGACAGCGUUGCUCAACACCUGGGCCCAGAGCGUAAGGCAGGCGUGCCUGUCUGCAGCGUAGCGCCCCCCUACAGGAACACCCUGCACUGCAGCCUGCCUUCUCCACUGUUGUGCUGGGCUAUGAACUCCUCGCUCUGGCUGGCAAUUAAAUAUCCCUCCCCAACUUCCCACCCAUCUGUAGGAAACUGUGCUGAAAAGAAUGUAUUCUCCUUAAUUGUAUACUUUUGCCAUGUAAACCUUUUUUAAGUGCAUAUAUAAUCCGAAUUUUCCUGGGUAGCCGACAAUAAAUAUUUUGCUGUUCAGAUAAAAA